GGGGCAUUCAGCCUGACUGUGUGAACUUAUCAAAUCAGAAUGGCAACAUAACUGGAAUAUUACCGAUAGCUAGAAAAGAUAAUAAAGAUUACCAUGCAUGCUGGAAUAUUUUGAAUCCCCAUAAUCGUUUGCUGAAAAUAGAACUGAAGCACUUGGAUUUUAAGUAUUCGAGAUACUGUGCUUGGGUAAAUGUGACCAUCACAGCAAACAGAACUGGCGAAAGAUUUAAAUUCUGCUUUAACUCUGACGAAAAGAAACCAAUAGCUGUCUAUUCAGAUGUCACCGUCGCUUUAAUGCUUAGUAAUGGAGUAUCUGGUUUAUUUGGCUUAAAAGUUUUUGAGCUGCAGUACAAAAUGGGUGAUAGCAUCGAAGGGAUUGAAGAAGCCCGUUCUAGAGCUGUUCACCUACUGAAGAGUAAGUGGUCAACAUGGAAAUGGAUCGAUCACAUCCCGAAAGCAGUCACAGCUCUUUCUUUGGCCGAAGGACCUCAUUUCGGAGAUCUUGAAGACUACCUUAUGUUGAGGCAAAGAGAUAUUCAAAUAUUAUUAUCAUUAGUGCGUGACGUCCAUUUGAAUGACCAGCUUAGCACAUUCAUUAACUCCUUGCUUUCUACUUGUCACGAUCCUCGUGAUUUUUAUGGAUACAAUUUGGUAAAACUUCUGAAAGAACAAGUGAUGUCUGGAAACUUUACCCAUCCCACAUCUUAUUUAGCUCUCUGUAACGCCAACGAAACAUGGCCAGAUAGAGCUUAUCAAGAUCUCGUCAACACUUACAAUAGCAGCAUCGACAUACCGUUUAGAAGAGAAUACCAAGCAUUCGCAGUGAUGGCUCUUUCUUGCGAAAUUCGUCGAAGGGGAAAUCAUUCCAUUGCAAAAUUUAAAAAACUCUCAGAUUUUUAUGAAAGUAAUAUUCGAGAGUUUAAAGCCCUGCAAAAACCGAGUGGUAGCUUGGGAAACGUGCACAGAACUGCUCUUAUUACUCAGGCGUUGAUUGCUAGCGGUCAUAAACAGGAGAGUGAUUGGAAUUAUAAUAAAGCUAUGGAAACUUUAGUGGAAUCAAUAAAUACGUCUACACCUGACAUAAUUUCUAUAUAUUUAAUUCUACCUUUGCUGAAUGGAAAGAGUUUGACAGACACUGCUUUCACAAAUUGCUCAUCACUGAGAAAUGAUGAUCUGGUGGCUGAAAUUCAUGAUGAUUACUUAGGACCGAAAAUUAAAAUUCAGUACUCGCUGUUUGUAGGAGAUCCUAAAGAUGCCAUCUACACCAUAGUACUCAAAGUGCCAAAACACUAUGCGGCUUUCGAUGUGAUGCAGCUUAUUUCAAGGAAAUACACCAAAUAUCAGUAAUAAUUCAU